GUUGACACUUGAUAUGUAUAUUUUUAUUUACAUUUUAACUUUUAUACAAUUUAACAAAUAUUAAAAAUAUAGUUUAUAUAAUUUUAAACUUGACUUAACUAACAAAAUGUCGAAGAAUGAGGUAUAUCCAAACUUAACAACAGACUUGGCACGUGAAAUUCUUAACAAAACAUUGGAAGAACUACAGUCCUCCGAGAAUGUACAGAAACUCGAAGAAGCUAGAAAUAAUGUAGGUAACGAGAUGUUGAAAAUGAUGCAGCUUUUGUUCCCGAUUGUAAUGCAAAUACAAAUGGAGGUAAUCAGUGAUUUCGGAUACCCGGAGGGUAGGGAUUCGAUUAUAAAAUUUUACCAAAUGCUCCGAGGGUUAGAACGAGAAGAUGCUGAAGUAACUCGAUUGCACAGCCUUAUAAAGUCCUAUUACAUGCCACCUGUUACUGUUCACACAAUGAAUGAGUCUCCAGCCGAGGACAGAACAGUCAGCAGUUAAUUUUUAAUGCUAUUCACAUACAUUUAUUAUUGUAGAAAUAAGUAUUUAUUCUGGAACAAAAUAUUAUCUUUAAUGUAAUUUUUA